GUUGUGACCAAGGAGAACAUGGACACCAUGAAGUCCAUCAUCCAGCGAUACCAGCAUCAAAGGGUCACCCUGGUGGAGGCUGGGGCCACUCGCCAUCAGUCCAUCUUCAAUGGGCUGAAGGUCUUGGCAGGAGACCACCCCCAUUCCCAGCUGCCCACCCCCCAGGUCGUGAUCAUCCACGAUGCUGUGAGACCCUUUGUUGAGGAAGAUGUUCUCGUGAGAGUGGUCACUGCUGCGAAAGAUCAUGGGGCAGCUGGAGCUAUCCGACCUCUCGUGUCGACAGUCAUUACUCCUUCUGCCGAUGGUUAUUUAGACCAGUCACUGGACCGGGCCAAGCACCGAGCGAGUGAGAUGCCCCAGGCUUUCCUGUUUGAUGUCAUCUACCGGGCGUAUUGUCAGUGCAGUGACUAUGACAUGGAGUUUGGGACAGAAUGCUUGCACUUGGCACUCAAGUACUGCCACACCAAGGCUAAGCUGGUGGAAGGCUCCCCUGAUCUUUGGAAGGUGACCUACAGACGAGAUCUGUAUGCUGCGGAAUCCAUAAUUAAGGACAGGAUUUCACAACAGAUUUGUGUCAUCACAGACACAAAAGAAGAUGCUGGAUGCAUAGGUUUUCUUCAAGAACUGCUGAAAAAGGAAAUAGAACACGUUAAAGGCACAUCUGUAACUCUGUGUCCAAAUGGCCGAGAUCUUCAGAAAGUCUUCCAGGGAGAUUGCUAUAAUUUUGUUUGCAUAAAUAUGAGGAGCUCUGAUUUUCAAGAAACCUCAAAGCUGCUGGAUGAGCUGGAAAACGCGGCCCCUUCCUCGUUAUAUCCUGUUGCUGUUGUUUCGGUGCAUUUCCUUGAUUUCCAAAAUGUAUCAUUUAGUGAAAGAAUGAAAGAACUGAAGGAAAUGAAGGAUUUGGCAAAGGAAGUAAAAAAGCAAAAUGUUUUCUUAUACGGUCUUCUCAUCUCUUUCACACAGGAUAAUCCACAACAGCUACAAGAAAACGUCAGGCAGGGUGCCAGCAUCAUCACGUCUCUCAUCAAGGACCGGAAUGCCGAGCUCACUGGGCAGCUGCUCGUCGCAUGAUGUUAGGGUCCGAGAGGACGGUGAAAGCCUUGAGUGAUGACAUCUGGCUUAACUUCUGAACUGGAGUCAUGAACCUUGAAGGGAGAGGAAUGAGAAGGAAACGUCCCUAGUGGCAUUCCAAUGUCGUUAGUGUGACUGUGGCAUCCCCUGCCAUCUCUGCUUCUCAUGUGACCCUAACAAUUGCUUUAAUUUUGUGUUUUCCAUUAAGUGAUUACCUGGAAGUUGAUUCUGACUAUUGAAAUUUAAUAAAGAUAAAAUAACUUCUUUAUAGGCAUUGCCCAAUUCUUGCCACCAAAAAAAUAAAUUAUAAAAAUCUCUCCUGAUUAA